AAAACAAUGGCCACUGCAACUUCUCCAAUGGCAAGCCAGCUCAAGUCCAACUUCACUUCACCACUCUCGAGAGCUCUGCUCUCCCCCAAAGGCCUCUCCGCCUCUCCUCUCAGAGUCUUGCCUUCUAGAAGACCCUCGUCCUUCACCGUCAAAGCUGUUCAAUCUGAAAAGCCAACUUUCCAAGUGAUUCAACCCAUCAAUGGUGACCCCUUCAUUGGAAGCUUGGAGACUCCAGUAACGUCAAGCCCAUUGAUUGCUUGGUACCUCUCCAACCUCCCUGCCUACAGGACUGCAGUCAGCCCACUACUUAGGGGUAUUGAGGUGGGCCUGGCCCAUGGAUAUCUCUUGGUUGGCCCAUUUGUAAAGGCCGGGCCUCUCAGGAACACACCCUAUGCUGGUGGAGCAGGGUCCUUGGCUGCUGCUGGCCUUGUUGUCAUCCUUAGCAUUUGCUUGACAAUGUAUGGAGUCGCAUCCUUCAAUGAAGGAGAGCCAUCCACUGCACCAUCUUUGACUCUAACCGGCCGGAAGAAGGAGCCCGACCAGCUGCAGACGGCCGAUGGAUGGGCCAAGUUCACUGGCGGCUUCUUCUUCGGAGGAAUUUCCGGUGUCACUUGGGCCUACUUCCUCCUCUAUGUCUUAGACCUUCCUUACUACUUCAAAUAGACCACAUGUUGUUCUUGUCAUUUGUUAUUGCCUCCAAAUUCACAUGAUGUAUGUCUUAUUUUGUGAAACAAAAGAAAAAAAAAUAUUAUUGUACAUUUGAAGUUGA